AUGCCUUCUUCUGCUGUACAAGAAAACAUUAAUGAUAAAAAUGAUACUACAAAGUAUAUUAAGCGACCACAAAAACCUGAUGAUGAAAGUUUUAAAUUGGCUUUAGAAGAGGUUAAGAAUAAAAUUGAUAAAUUACAAGAGGAAUUGGAAUCCGUUAAUGCUAAAAUUAAUGCAUUUGAUAAAGGUCCUGUUGGAAAUAAACGUGACGAACUUAAAAGUCAAUUAGAUAGGCUUCGUGGUAAACAAGAUGAAAUCAAGAGAAGUAGAUCAAGCACAUUUGUACAAAUCAGAUCUCUAAGUGAUUCCAUACAAAAAAAGAAACGUGAUUUGAAACAAGGUAGAGAUAAAGUUCAAUAUAGAACUGUGAAAGAUAUUGAUAAUGCCAUCUCGUAA